AUGACUCACGUAGGGUUGUUUGCAUGUUAUGCUGGUCUACUCGCCAGCGCCGCCGCACCACACUUCUCAUUGGCGCUUUCCCUUCGCUCUGGCACAGCGGCAUCUCAGCAAAACAGCCUUCGCACAGAUUUAUUUGCAUCCGGAGAAGAUUCGCCGCCGACGCCGCCCGCAGCCGAAGAGAAAACUGAAGACUGCUUGGUCAUCAUAAACAAGCUAAGGGGCGAAAAUCUCAAGGAUCUCUUGGGGACCCUCACCAAAGCAGAGCAAAGUGAGGUGACUGAAAGCCUGAAGAAAAUCGGAGAAACCGAUUUAGAAAGCCCUACUCCCGUGAAAAUUGCAGUAGCGCUUGCAGGUAAUAAUGUCGAAACAUGUGAAUCGGGCGGAACAGCAGAUGCAAAGACGUAUCCCGGACUCGUUGUUCCAUUCGCGCAUGACACGGAGUUCAACUGUAACGCUUUGAUCCAGGAAACUUACACAGCCGGACUCGACCACCUCAAACCAUCGAACUUCGACCCAUCGACAGGAACAUAUAACGCUGAAAAUGCUCCAUUCAAUAAUGUAGCGGCCAGCAACGUGGCGUUUCUACUGUCGGAGAAAAGCAAAAAGGUCUCAUGUGCCGCCACCAAAGACUGCACAGCUGGGCACGACGUUUUAUUCUGCUACUUCAUAGAGCCGCUUCGAACUGGAGAUAAGCCUUUCACCGCCGUCGCGCCAGAUUUCUCAUCUGCGCUUUCCCUUCGCUCUGGCACAGGCACAUCUCAGCAAAACGGCCUCAGCUCAAAUUUAUUUACAUCCGAGCGAGUUUCCGUGCGGACAGAGCCUGCAGCCGAUGAGAUAACUAAAGAUUGCCUUGAUAUUAUAAACAAGUUAAGGAAGGAAAAUCUGAAGGGCCUGUUGGGUACCCUCACCAAGGCAGACGACACUGAGGUGACUGCUAUCCUGAAGACAAUCGAAGUAGAUUCACCGGCAAACCUUACUGCCGCGAAAAUUGCAGAAAUGCUCGCAGGCAACGAUAUCGAAAGUUGUGAAUCGGGCAAGAGCGCGAAUGCGAAGACGCAUCCCGGAUUCGUUAUUCCAUUCGCACAUGACACGGAGUUCAAAUGCAACGCUUUGAUCCAGGCGACCUACACAGCCGGGCUCGACCAUCUCAAACAAUCGAACUUCGAACCCUCAACAGGAGCAUAUGAUGUUGAAAACGCUCCGUUUAAUAACGUAGACGCCAGCAAUGUGGCGUUUCUACUGUCGGCGAAAAGCUCAAAGGUCUCAUGUGCCGCCACCAACAACUGCAAUGCAGGCCACAACGUUUUAUUCUGCUACUUCAUAGAGCCACUUCGAAAAGGAGAUAAGUCUUUCACAACUGAGCUUUACAAUGCUCUCUGGGGUUUGGAAACAGGCGCAGCGUUCACUUCGGUUCCCACCGUCGCCACCGUUCUUUUUGUCCUCGCUUUGAUCAUUCGCAUUUGA